UAUCGUUGUAUUGAUAAUGUUAUUUUAUUUCUAGUUGAACUUGGCGCCACAUCUCGAUAUCCUCCAUUUAUCACGUCGUAUAUUCAUGCCUCUUUUGUCGGAUGUUACAAGGGGCCGAUGAGUCAAGCACUUGUUUAUUGGAAUUUUUGCUUUGAUGUCCGAGCACAUUUAUUCAUCAAUGUGAGGAAAUGUCCCAUAAAUACCCGGGCAUUCGAAAGGAGUGUCUUUUUUGUUCUAAAGAUGCUGGAAGCUGCAUUUUCAGUGGAGUGGCUUGCUCAAAGCAGUCAGAACAGCAAAAAGAGUCGGGAUGAGUAUGGCAAAGUGUUUCGAAGUGGCCAGGUGGCGGGACAGGGUGAUUUCUGCGCGACUGAGAGGUCACAUGGGAAAGUCACGGCGAGAUCUUCUGAAGAAAGCGGGAGGUCACUAGCCAGUAAUAACCAGGGGACCAAAUCCCAGCAGCGAUCUCUGGCAAUACGAGCUCGGGCCGCUUGCAACAACAGCAUCGCCUCCGGAGCCGCAGACACCGACCCCUCCGGGUCCGGGAGCGGGGAGUGGACGGACCGCCGGCGCCUUCGGACCAUCUUCACCGCGGAGCAAGUGCGCAUGCUCGAGUCUAGUUUCGAGCGCCAGCAGUAUCCGGGCACCUUUGUGAGGAGGAGCCUGGCAGGGGAGCUCCGCCUAUCAGAGACGCAGGUCAAAACGUGGUUUCAGAAUCGUCGGAUGAAACUCAAGCAGCAGCUUCAAGCUGCUCAGGCUGAGGCGCUCAAGUCCAGACUGUUUCUUCAGUAUUUCUCCCAUCCAUAUCAUUCUGUUCAUAGGCAUAGCUUUCCUUAUGUGGUAGAUUCCAGCUUUUUCCCUCAUUACCCUGAAUUUGGACCUCUUCCCACCCACACUUCUAUCUCUAAUCACAGCUUGCAGCGCCUUGACUACCAGCCAAAUCUACCUCGGACCUCAGGUCACUACUAG